UACUGUUUUUCUAACUAUGGCUACUGACAAUGUUGCUUCUUAGGCUUAUCUGUGGAUUACGGCCACAUACAGAGAGAGUAGAAAAGGUGGUGGGGAUUGGCUUUCAACCUGGACUAGACCCAGGAAAGAUUGUUAGUGCUUCUCAGGCUGGAGAUAUUCAAUUCCUUGAUAUAAGAAAUCAUAGUAGCGCCUAUCUUACCAUUGAAGCUCACCGGGGCCCACUCACAGCUUUAGCUGUACGUAGACACGCUCCAAUCAUUGCCAGUGGCUCAGCCAAGCAACUUAUUAAAGUUUUCAGCCUUGAAGGAGAUCAACUAGGCACUAUUCGAUACUAUCCUACCUUUAUGGCUCAGAAAAUUGGGUCUGUCAGCUGCCUUAAUUUCCACCCAUACCAAGUCUUGCUUGCUGCUGGUGCUGCAGAUGCAUGUGUCUGUAUCUAUGCAUACUGGUAAGGUGAAUUUCUGCUGAAUUGCUGGUAGUGUAUGCAACUCAUUCAUUAGCCUCCAUGUUAGAAGGGCUCCAUGUUAGAAGGGAUGCACCUGACUGGGAGUAAUCAUGCGUAUUUAUUGGAGGCUUUGUCAAAUAAUAUGAUCUUCGUAAAUGUGUGUAAAUAAUUUUGUUUAUUAUUAUUUUCCAUUCCAAUGUUGUGUUAUAUCCCAAUCCGCCUUUAAUUUGUAAAUUUGUUAGCAGAAUAUGUAAUUUAGUUUGCUGUGGGUGGUGUGACUGCUGAGAACUGAGGCAUAUUCACUCAAAUAUAAUCUUCGAAUUGGGGGAAACCUUGCCAUGGUGUAAUUUCAUUCAAGUUUGAGCCAGUGUGCUGUUUUAGUACGAGACUAAAAUUUCAGAA